AUGUCCAUCGAAGAUUUGGCUUUAACAAAUUUGCCACGCGACUAUCUUGAGCUCGUUAUGCAAACUAUCCUACGCGAAGAAUAUCAAGCUGAAAAGAAUGUUGUUGAUGAGAUCAAAUGCAUAAUAAAUGAAUACGAGAAUAUCCUUGAUGAUGGAUAUACUACUCCGGUUGAAAACCCCACUAAGAAAUGGAAAG